GGCACAAAGACUGUGGCGUCACUUCCUCCACAUAUUCAACAUGGAGCCGUCGGGUUUGAAGCUGAGUUUCUGGGAGAAUGGACCCAAGCCCGGGCAGUUUUAUUCUUUCCCCGGUGGCGGCAGCAGCAGCAGCAGCGGCGGGCCGGUCAGACACACACUGAACCCCAUGGUAACCGGCACGUCGGUGCUCGGUGUGAAGUUCACCGGCGGCGUCAUCAUCGCCGCAGACAUGUUGGGCUCGUACGGCUCUCUGGCUCGCUUCAGGAACAUCUCGCGCCUCAUGAAGGUGAACAACAACACCAUCCUGGGGGCUUCAGGAGACUACGCUGACUACCAGUACCUCAAACAGGUCAUCGAGCAGAUGGUGAUCGAUGAGGAGCUGCUGGGCGACGGUCACAGCUACAGUCCCAAGGCGGUCCACUCCUGGCUGACCAGAGUGAUGUACAACCGUCGCAGCAAGAUGAAUCCUCUGUGGAACACGGUGGUGAUAGGAGGCUUCUACAACGGGGAGAGUUUCCUAGGUUACGUGGACAAGCUGGGCGUGGCCUAUGAGGCGCCCACAGUGGCCACAGGGUUUGGAGCGUACUUGGCUCAGCCUCUGAUGAGGGAGGUGGUGGAGAACAAAGUGGAGAUCACUAAGCAGGAGGCCCGGGACCUGGUGGAGCGCUGCCUCAAAGUGCUCUACUACAGAGACGCUCGCUCCUACAACAGAUACGAGAUCGCCAUAGUAACAGAAGAAGGUGUGGAGAUAAUUGGUCCUCUGUCUUCUGAGACCAACUGGGACAUCGCUCACAUGGUCAGUGGCUUUGAAUGAGCAUGCGACUGAUGAAGCCUUCCUGUUGCAAACUGCUCACACACUUAUCUUUCUGAAUUUAUUAUUUUUUCUGAUGUUCACUGUAACUUUUGUAUAAUGGAAAAUAAAUGUGACGAAACAA